AUGAAUGAUAAUGGAAAAAUAAAUGCAAGCUCUGAAGGCUACUUUGUUCUACUGGGUUUUUCUAAUUGGCCUCAUCUGGAAGUAGUUCUCUUUGUGGUUGUCUUCGUGUUCUACUUGAUGACUUUGACAGGCAACCUGUUCAUCAUUAUCUUGUCAUACUUGGAUUCCCAUAUCCACACUCCCAUGUACUUUUUCCUCUCAAACCUCUCUUUUCUGGACCUCUGCUACUCUACCAGCUUCAUCCCUCAGUUGCUGGUCAACCUCUGGGGUCCAGGAAAAACCAUCUCUUAUGCUGGUUGCAUGAUUCAACUUUAUUUUUCCCUUGCACUGGGAACCACUGAAUGUGUGCUGUUGGUAGUCAUGUCCUAUGACCGUUAUGCAGCUGUGUGUAGACCCUUGCAUUACACUGUCCUCAUGCACCCUCGUUUCUGCCACCUGUUGGCUGUGGCUUGUUGAGUAAGUGGCUUCACAAACUCAGCACUUCAUUCCUUUUUUACCUUUUGGGUACCUCUGUGUGGACAUCGCCAAGUGGACCAUUUCCUUUGUGAAGUUCCAGCUCUGCUUCGACUGUCAUGUGUUGAUAUCCAUGCUAAUGAGCUAACCCUCAUGGUCAUGAGCUCCAUUUUUGUUCUUAUACCUCUCAUCCUCAUUCUCAGCUCCUAUGGUGCCAUUGCCUGGGCAGUGCUGAGCAUGCAGUCAACAACUGGACUUCAGAAAGUCUUUGGGACAUGUGGAGCCCAUCUUAUGGUCGUAUCCCUGUUUUUCAUCCCAGCCAUGUGCAUAUAUCUACAGCCACCAUCAGGAAAUUCUCAAGAUCAGGGCAAGUUCAUUGCCCUCUUCUAUACUGUUGUCACACCUAGCCUCAACCCUCUAAUCUACACCCUAAGAAACAAAGAUGUAAGAGGGGCUGUAAAGAGACUAGUGGGGUGA